AAUUAUGGCUGAUUACUAUGGGCAACCCCAACAUACUCAACACCAGUUCCUCCACGGAGCUGGGCAGCAGCCUCGUUCUCACCAGAUGGUGAAGGCAGCUACUGCUGUUACCGCCGGUGGAUCGCUUCUUCUUCUUUCCGGGUUAACUUUAGCUGCAACGGUGAUUGCGCUCACUAUUGCGACUCCCGUGCUGGUGAUUUUUAGCCCGGUGAUUGUACCUGCUGUUAUUACUCUCUUUUUGUUGUUCUCAGGGUUUUUGGCUUCCGGCGGAUUUGGCGUAGCGGCGAUAAGUGUGUUGUCGUGGAUUUAUCGAUACGUGACAGGAAAGCGACCACCUGGUGCAGAUCAGUUGGAGCAAGCAAGGCAUAAGUUGGCUGCUAAAGCUGGGGAGAUGAAAGAUAAGGCUCAGGAGUUUGGGCAGCAGCACAUCACUGGAACCCAUCAGACUUGAGCUACUAUAAGUUGUACUUAAAUUUGUUUAUUCAAUGCGUUGUGUAUGUUUUUGUUUGUAAGCUCUUUCAGCUUUUGUGUUUUGUUAAUUUUUGUGUUGUACCUACUGUUGCUAUGAGGCUCGUCUUCAUGACUGAGUCGGCAUUAAUAUAUAUUUUGUAAAAGUUUCUCUUUUAAAAAUUUGAAAUAAAUGUUGCACUUAGUUGUA